UUUAUCAUCAACGAAAGACACAGACCAAGCAAAUUGAUUAAUCGAAUCAAGUUCUUCAAUCGAUAAAAAUAUUUUUUUUUUCGAAACAGGGUCAAAACAGGGAGCAUGGGCUGCAAGGUUAAUGUUCAAUUGAUGUUUUGUAUCCUGAAUAUACUCUUGAUUGUGGAAGCUAUGAAGCAUAGACCAACCUUCCACUCUCAUCACUAUCAUGGUUGGGGGGAACAGGAGCAUCAUCAACCAGAUCAUCAUAAAGGAAAUCAUCGAGGAGAAAAACAUCAUAAAGGUCAACACCAUGGACAGCAUCAUCACCGGGGUCUACAUCAUGAUGCACAUCAUGGACAAUUUCAUCAUGAUGGACAGCACCAUGGAGAAUAUCAUCAUGAAGGAGAACAUCCUGGCUCCCAUACUCAUCAUAACGGAGAACUUGAAUAUUUACAUUUCUACGGUUAAGCUUGAAUCCGAGCCUGGGCAAAAAUUAUAAAGAUUUAGAUUUGUAUCGAGAUUAAAUUGUUGAUUUCAA